AUGACGUCCCAGGACUACAGCGACUGGGUAGGCCCGCCUCCUCCCGGCCUGGUGACCUUUGGCGGAAACACGCCCUGUACCUACGACACCUGCCCCAUCCAGUGGAGCAUCUACCGUUACCGUCCCGACCUGGGCGCCAACAUCUUCUUCGCCGCGGCCUUUGCCGUCGUCGGCCUUGUCCACAUCUACCUGGGGGUCCGCUGGAAGAGCUGGGGCUUCAUGGCCGGCAUGCUCCUCGGCUGCGCCAGCUCCAUCAUUGGCUAUGUCGGCCGCAUCCUGCUGUGGGACAACCCCUUCUCCUUUAACGCCUUUAUGAUCCAGAUCGUCUGCCUCACCAUUGCGCCCGUCUUCUUCACGGCGUCCAUCUACGUCACCCUUUCCAAAACCAUCAUCUUCUUCGCCCCCGAGCUGUCGCGCUUCAAGCCCCAGCUCUUCUACUGGAUCUUCAUCCCGGCCGAUGUCGUCUGCCUCAUCCUCCAGGCGGCUGGCGGUGCCCUGUCCGUGGAGAUCGAAGGGGGCGAGGUGGGCGUCGACAUCUCCAUGGCCGGCCUCAUCCUCCAGGUCAUUGUCAUCAUAGCCUUUGUCGUUGCCUUUGCCGACUACAUGGUCCGCUACUGGCGCACCGGGCGCAUGAGCGCCUUUGGCUGGCGGCUCAAGGCCUUUUUUGCCGGUCUGGUGGCCGCCAUUGUCCUGAUCCUGACGCGCUGCGUCUACCGUGUCGCCGAGCUCAAGGACGGUUACAGCGGCGACAUGAUCCGGCACGAGAUCCCAUUUAUCAUCCUCGAGGGCGUCGUGAUCGUGCUGGCGUCCGUGGCCCUCAUGUGGGGGCACCCUGGCCUGGCCAUCAAGGACCACGGUGGUAGGCCUGUGAGCAAGUACAUGGACAACAACAACAACAACAACAGCGUCGAGAGCAGGAAGGACAUUCCCAUGCAGAACGUAUAA